AUGGUAACUCCCGGCUCCUUUGUCCUGUUCGCAAUCUCCAUAAACCAGCUAAACACCUACCCCAAGCUCCCCUCGCGGGCGUUCCUGGGUAAAGGGGGGCUUGGGGUGGCGGGCGCAGCCGCCCCGCGCGGUUUUACGAGUCUCAAAGCGCCUUAUGAUCUAGCGACUCUAUCCUCCCGUCAUAAUACGUCGCGUCGGGAGAGCGAGUUCAAGAAACCUGUUCACGCUCCCCAGAAUGGCCGCAUCCACCAUCGACCGCCUUACCCCUACAACAAGACGGAGGGCCCCAAUGCGACGGGAGCGCCCGCACACCGACCGCCCCCCCUUCGGAUAUCCAAUGGCUUCCAACCGCAGGGUUCAAUCGACAGCAGUCAACCGCCAAUAGAAAGUAUUUUAAAGGAGAUGAAGUCCCUGCCUACCCCGUUGUCAGUAAUAGCCGCAACACCCAGGAAGGAACUAGAGAACAAGUUUAUCUUCAACCCCUACACUAAUAAGGUGCAAGAGAAUCCCCAGCUCACCAACAACGAUCUCAAAACGCCAAUAACGAAGCCCGGUCUCGACAACCGGAUAUCCAACUCAAGGAAUUCAGUCUCGCCAGAGGUGAUAAAUAAGGACCUUGGCUUGUCGGAGAGUGACGAUGAGGUUGCCGCCGCCACCACCACGAGACUAGAACCUAUCCUCUCGCCGAUCGGCUCCGGCGGCAGCCCGAGCUCGGGCAGCGAGUCGUCGCCCUCCGACUCGGAGUCCGAGUCCUCGUCGGCCGAGUCGACGGCGGCGAGCGCGCCCGCGCCCGCCGCUCAGCCAGCCGAGCGGCCGUCGUGGAGCCUGAGCAACUUCGCCCCGCCGCCCGCCAACCCCCCCGAGCACACGUACGACGCGGGCAAGGAGCUGAGGCAUGCGCUCGCCGACGUCAAGGGCAAGCCGAGUCCAAUUUCGGAGUUGUCCGACUCGGAGACGUCCUCACCAUCACCUGGCGCUUUGCGACGGAGGAGGUCCGCCGCGAACCGCAUAUCGACCGCUUCCAGCGAUGAAGACACGCCGCGAUCCCACAAUACGGCGUCGCCGGCGGCGGCGGGCGCGGGCUCCGCUGCGACCGCCCCCGUGAAGCGGGGCAGGCCGCCGAAGCAGCGCGCCUCUGAGGAGCGGCCCGCGAAGAAGAAGCGCGGCCGCCCGCCCAAGAGGCAGGCGUCGCCCGCGCCGCCCGAGAGCGACCCCGAGCCCGACCCGCCGCAGCACCACGCGCUGCAGGACACCAAGACGCACAUCUUCCGAAAGGUAUUCACGCCGAAGAAGGGCGACGAAUGCGGUGGGAAGGGCGGCAAAGGAGGGAAGGGCAAGGGCGGGAAGGGGAAGGGGCAGGUGACGAUCAUCGAAGUAACCGCACCGGAGUCGGGCGCGGACGACGAGGAUCGAAGGCAUCGGGAGCGCUCCAACGAGCGGCGCAACGAAGAGGCAAUCGCCAGGGUGUCGCCGCCACGGGAAUCGGAAACGUCGACGAGGAGACGCGAGGCGGAGCGGAUGGCGAACGAGAGGAUACAGGAGCGGAUGUCGAUCGAACGGCCCGACCACAGACGCGCCGACGACCGGAUCCCCGACAGGCCGACGGAGCGGACGUCGAACGACCGCAUACCGUCCGAUCGAAUACCGAACGAACGGUUGCAGCCGGACCGCGCGUCGAGCGAUCGCUUCCAGAACGAGCGCAGGUCGAGCGAUCGGGUGCAGACGGAGCGGCUGUCCAACGAGAGGCCCGAGCGAAUGUCGAACGAUCGACUGCCCGAUCGAACGGUUAACGAGCGCUAUCAAAGCGAACGGAUCGCGGCAGACCGCGCAACCUCCGAUAGGCUGUCAGGCGACAGAUCAUCGGAGAGAAUGGCGAGCGAUCGCUUAGUACCGGAGAGAUUACCGAGCGAUCGGUUACAGAUGGACAGGAUACCUAAUGACAGAAUACCUACCGAGCGUAUGUCGAACGAUCGAAUAUCGACUGACAGGAUGUCGAACGAUCGGAUACCGUCGGAUAGAAUGCCUAACGAGCGGAUACCAUCGGAUAGAAUACCGAACGAUCGGAUACCAAUGGAUCGGAUGUCGAACGAGCGACUACCUUCGGAGAGGCGUUCGAACGAUCGGUUGGCGCCUGAUCGGAUGUCCUCCGACCGAAUGUCGAAUAACGAUCGGUUAUCAACCGACAGGUUGGCGGUCGGUCUGCCAACAAGCGAGCGGAGGUCAUCCGAACGGAUGUCCAACGACAGACUGUCGGGCGAGAAAUUAUCGAUCGAUCGCCUCUCAAGCGAUAAGCUGGAACGGCUGUCGAGCGAGAAGCUGUCGCACGAACGACUUUCCGCUGACAAGUUGUCGAUGGAUCGCCGCUCCGGUGAUAAGACAACCCUAGAGCGGAUGCCGAGCGACAAAUUGGCGUUGGAGCGUUUCGUGUACGCGGAGGCCGAUGUCGGUUCGGGGCUGAAGUCCGGACGGGGCUCCGAAAGGAUGGAGGAAGCGUCGUCCAACGUGACGGAGAGGCGCGCGCGCGGCCGGAUCCUGGUGCGCGUGCCGCUGUGCCGGCUGCGCGCGGAGACGGUGCGCGCGCUGCACCGGGCGCCGCCGCGCCGCGCCGCCCCGCCCCGGCCCACCACGCCGCCGCCCGACCAGGGCGUCGACGUGGCGGGCGCGACGCAAGAGCGCGCCGUUGUCGGACAAACUCCCAUCUACUACUCCUACUUCGAGCGACUACCCGCAGAUGCGCUGUCGGAUGAGGAGCGAGACCACGCGUACCACCUGAGCGAGGCAGCCCGCCUGCGCACGGCGGCCGAGCGCGAGCAGGAGCCGCUCACCCGAGUAAUGCUCUACCUCGAGUCGGUGCUCUGCUUCGUGCUCACCGGCCGAGUGCUCGAGCUCGAGCACGACACUAAGCGAGCCUUCACCAUCUACCGGGAGACGAUCGAGUACAUCAAGUCGAUACACUCGAUGCCGCAGCGGUUCCGCGCCUCGCCCCACUCCACCUUCAGCUCGACAUUCAGCAAGCUCGACAUACUCAGUCUGCGAGUCCAAGCGCUGCUGUACCUGCGAAUGUUCAAAAUGUACAAUCGCGAAGUGAAAGAAUACAAAAAGAUCGUGCAGGAGUACCAACAGAAGCCGGCGUGCGCUGAGUCCGUCUCGCCGCUGUCUCCGACGCCGUCGCCCGCUGGCUCGGUGGGCUCCGUGGGCUCGGGCGCCUCCGCGUCGUCUGGCUACUGCUCGCUGGCUCACUCGGUGCCGGCCCACGCCCACCACGCGCUGCUGCAGCUCACGAAGUACUACACGUUCCUGUACGUGGCGCACGACCUGUGGGAGCAGGCGGACGCGCUUUGCAGGCUCAGGGCGAACCAAGAUCUGUUCAUAGCGGUGGACCGCAAGUGCGGGCCGCUCACUCUGUUCUCGACGUUCCGCCACCUGGUGCAGUACGUGCGCCACGCCAUAUCGCUGCUGAAGGGCGCCGCGCGCGAG